AUGAUAUGGCAAUUAGCUAAUGUUGUUUCAGUUAUGGAAAAGCAUUAUGGGUUUAAAGCAUUGAUGAGAAGUAAGGAAUUAAUCAAGGGCAAAAUGAAAACAGCUUUUGCUAUAUUAUUGGUGAUUAAUCUUUUUGCAUUGCCAAUUAUGAAAUUAAUUGAGCAUCUAAAUGGGUUUAGAUUGGGACAAAAAAUUGGAUUAGGGAUUGUUUGUUUGGUAUUAUGGGCAUUGUUUAGUUUAUUUGGGCUUGUAGUUCAUACAAUCUUCUAUUUGGUGUGUAAAUCUUAUCACCAUGAAAAUAUUGAUAAGUCGUUAUUGGCUGAUCAUCUUGAAGCUGUUUAUCUUGGUGAAUAUGUUCCUUUGAAAGCUGAAGUACAAUUAGAGAACCUUUGA